CACUUGUUUCCCAUCGCUGAAAUCCCAGUUUCUAACACACUUUUUCUGGUAAAGGCAAAGCUAUGGAGAGUGGUGAGCCCAGCAAGAAAUCUUCUUUCCAGCUACAAAAUCAACCCCCUUCGUCUCCUUCACACCCUUUCUCGAUCAAAAAGAUCAUUUUUGUGGCUUCCAUCGCCGCCGGUAUCCAAUUCGGGUGGGCCUUGCAGUUAUCGCUCCUCACCCCAUAUGUUCAACUCCUCGGUAUACCUCACAAAUGGGCUUCUCUCAUUUGGCUCUGUGGACCCAUCUCUGGGAUGCUGGUGCAACCCAUCCUCGGUUACCACAGUGACCGUUGCACCUCCCGUUUCGGCCGUCGCCGGCCCUUCAUAGCGGCGGGAGCCGCCCUGGUGGCCACGGCAGUGGUCCUCAUAGGCUUUGCUGCCGACUUGGGUCAUCUCUUUGGGGACUCCUUGUCCACCCAGACGAAGUCGCGUGCCAUCGUGGUGUUCGUGAUAGGGUUUUGGAUCCUAGACGUGGCCAACAACAUGUUACAAGGUCCAUGCAGAGCUUUACUGGCUGAUAUUUCGGGGGAUGACCAGAAGAAAACGCAGUCCGCGAACGCCUUCUUUUCCUUCUUCAUGGCGGUCGGGAACGUACUUGGCUUCGCCGCCGGUUCCUACACUCAUCUCCACAAAAUCUUCCCCUUCACAACGACGAAAGCUUGUGACGUUUACUGCGCAAAUCUCAAAAGCUGUUUCUUUUUCUCAAUUCUUCUCUUGUUAACCCUCACUUCCAUCGCUCUCUCAUGCGUGCAUGAAAAGCCCUGGUCACCGGAACAUGAAAAUGCCGGUAACGCAGGCCGCCGUGAGAUUGAGGGAGCAGCAGCGGAGGCAACCACCGUCCGGUUCUCUGGGGAAAUAUUCGGUGCGCUUAAAGAAUUGAAGAGACCCAUGUGGAUUCUUCUGGCGGUGACGUGUCUCAAUUGGAUUGCAUGGUUCCCUUUCUUGUUGUUCGACACCGACUGGAUGGGUAGAGAGGUGUAUGGUGGUGAUUCAGUGGGAAACGACCUCGUAUUGAAGCUCUACAACAGUGGGGUACAUGCAGGCGCGUUGGGGCUCAUGUUGAACUCCGUGCUGCUGGGUUUCACGUCCCUCGGGGUGGAGCUCCUGGCGCGUGGGGUUGGAGGCGUUAAUAAGCUUUGGGGGAUGGUCAAUUUUUUGCUUGCUUUUUGCUUGGGCAUGACGUUUUUGGUAACCAAAUUUGCUGAGUCAAGCCGCCGGUUCAUCACCGUGGACGGUGUCAUAGUCCCUUUGCCGCCACCAGCUGGAGUCAAGGCCGGGGCAUUAUCUCUAUUCGCUGCACUGGGGAUACCCUUAGCUAUAACUUACAGCAUUCCAUUUGCAUUGGCAUCCAUAUUUUCCAGUUCCUCUGGUGCAGGUCAAGGGCUUUCUUUGGGAGUGCUGAACCUGGCGAUAGUAAUACCGCAGAUACUGGUUUCAUUGGGGAGUGGACCAUUUGAUGCAAUAUUUGGAGGUGGAAACCUGCCGGCUUUUGUACUGGGAGCAGUAGCGGCCGCUGCUAGUGGAAUAUUUGCAUUAACCUUGCUCCCUUCUCCACCACCUCAUGUACCUGCUGCCAAGGCUGUUACUGCUGGCUUCCAUUGACAGUAGUGGAUAUAUAUUGCCUUGUUUUGUUAUUAUGUAGAGCAUCGAACAUAGAACCCUAAACGGCAUUUUUUUACAAGUGCCAAGGCCUAGCUAGCUAGCUAGCUCAUAUGGCUGUUUUGGUGUUGAAGAUGUAUUAUAACCAAAAUGUCCAAUUUUUAGUUUUCAAGUUAAAAAAAAGGAUGCAAGUGUAUGGUUAAGUGGGAUUGUCGUUCUGUACUUUGUGGAGUGUAUUGUAUCCAUGGCCAAAAUGGCUAUUUUUAGCUUUUAAAUCAAAAGGCUGUAAUGUGUUUUGAUGUUUA